UUCACCUCUCUCCUUCUGGAAGGUGGGGAUUUGAAUACCCUUCAAGUAUCUUUUGCUGCAGCCAUUUUAUGGAAGUGGAAGCCUUAGUCUCCCACUGGAACCUUUAUAUCAAUCUGGGAGGCUUCUUCGUUGGUCUCUUCUCCGUGACUCUCUUUGGGCCAUGGAGCGACAGCGUAGGUCGCCGUCCAGUGCUUAUCCUGCCUGCAGUAGGUAUGGCCUUGCAAGCGGCCAUCUAUCUUCUCGUCAUGUACCUGCGGUUGCAUGUUGGGUACUUUCUCCUUGGACGCAUUUUGUGUGGCCUCAUGGGAGACUACAACCUGAUCCUGGCUAGCUGCUUCGCCUACGUGGCUGACACCAGCGACAAACGUGCACGUACGUUUCGCGUAGCCAUUCUCGAGGCCUGCCUUGGCAUAGCAGGCAUGUUAGCCAGCAUUGGUGGUGGCCAGUGGCGCAAAGCGCAGGGGUACAUCAACCCCUUUUGGCUAGUGUUUGCUGCUAGUCUUGCUGCUGCUCUCUAUGCUGUUUUCUGUCUUCAGGAAUCAGUGAAGCAGCGGAAACCAGCAAAGCUGUUCACUCUCAGUCAUUAUAUGGCUGUGUACAGGCUAUAUGCAACUCCAGAACGCCAGAGCUCCAGGCAGAAACUUGCACUCUACUCCGUGGCUUUCUUUCUUAUUGUCACUGUACACUUUGGAACCAAGGACCUCUAUGUUUUGUAUGAACUUGGCUCCCCUCUUUGCUGGACCUCUGAUCUCAUCGGGUAUGGAUCAGCCGCUAGUUACCUGGCUUAUCUGAGCAGCCUGGCAGGGCUGCGGGCACUGCAGCUGUGCCUUGAAGACGCCUGGGUGGCAGAGAUUGGACUGAUCUCCAAUAUUUCUGGAUUGGUUGUGAUUUCUCUUGCUGCUACAACACCGCUGAUGUUUACAGGUUAUGGGAUUCUGUUCCUUUCGAUGGCAGCCACCCCAGUCAUCAGAGCCAAACUCUCUAAGCUGGUGAAUGAAACAGAACAGGGUGCUCUCUUUGCUUCUGUUGCCUGUGUGGAAGGGCUGUGUUCACUUGUGGCUGCAGGAGUGUUCAACUCUCUCUAUCCUGCCAGCCUGCACUUCAUGAGGGGAUUCCCCUUUCUCUUUGGGGCUCUGAUUCUUCUUAUUCCAGCAGCUAUUAUUGGGUGGAUAGAAGUCUGGGACUCAAAGCUGGAAUACAGUCACUUCUCAGAUGCUUCCCUGUCACUUGCAGACAGCUGAACAGAGACAUAGCGACAAUGGAUUGGCUGGCUCCGCAGCAUCCAUCUGAGGACUGCUAUGUGUUCUUCCCUUGGAGGACAGAUCAAUGUGUGAGGGACACCUUGCUUAUCAUUACUAAUUUUUAAAUGCCAAGUAGUUGGGAAUCAUGGCUCUCCAGUAGCUGAUUUGCAAGUGUGAAUGCCUCCUCACUGUUCUGUUGAUUCGUCUGUCAGAGAAAACCCAAGAGACUCAGACUCAAAAGCUAUUCAAGAAUAAAAGCUAUUGUUGGCCAUUUGCAAGGCCAAUUAGUGA